GCUCAGAGAAGCGGUGUGGCUGCAGAGAGACGCUCGUAUGCUUCCCUCACAGGCACUUUAAACAGGAUGUAGCGUCUGAGCUAGACCACGGAGAGAAAAAAGCGAAAGAAAAAAAAGAGAGCGGGUUAAGCACUGCUAUGUGACACACGCCAGAGAGACAGCGAUGACCGCCACGGCACAGGAGAAAAAGAGGACAGGAGUCCAGAUGAGGCACCUCACCCCCGGCAGGUCUUGACGGCUGCUCCCGCUGACCGGAGACCCCCACCUCCACCGCCACGGCCGCAGCAGCAGUGCACGGUUUACGCACACUGAAAACACAACAUUACCCGAAAUAUUUCACCCGUGAACCUUGAAAGCAGCCAUGGGGAGCCAGGGAGACUGCUGUGUGAAGGUUGCGUUGAGGAUUCGCCCUCAGAUGGCCAAAGAGAAGAUAGAAGGCUGCCACGUGUGCACGUUGGUCACACCCGGAGAGCCUCAAGUCCUCCUGGGAAAGGACAAGGCCUUCACCUAUGACUUUGUGUUCGACAUUGACUCAGAGCAGCCCCACAUCUACCAGAACUGCGUGUACAAGCUCAUCGAGGGCUGCUUCGAGGGCUACAACGCCACCGUGUUCGCUUACGGUCAGACGGGCUCAGGGAAGACGUACACCAUGGGGACGGGUUUCGAUGUAAGCCUGAGCCCACAGGAGCAGGGCAUAAUCCCGCGGGCUGUUCAUCAGCUGUUUGAGGGAAUCCAGGCCAGGAGGAUGCGCGCCCAGGAGGCCGGCGCCCAGCCACCGGACUUUAAAGUCAGCGCCCAGUUCCUGGAGCUGUACAAUGAAGAGAUCUUGGACUUGUUCGAUGGAACCAGAGAUCCAGAGAGUCGCGGUAGGAAGUCCGCCAUAAAGAUCCACGAGGACGCCAGUGGCAGCAUCUACACCACGGGAGUCACUUCCAGAUUGGUGCACUCAGAGGACGAGCUGCUUCAGUGCCUGAAACUCGGCGCUCUGUCCCGCACCACUGCCAGCACUCAGAUGAACGCCCAGAGCUCCCGCUCGCACGCCAUCUUCACCAUCCACCUCUGUCAGAUGCGAGUCUGUCAGCAGCAAAUGCAGAACGGUGGAGGAGGGCAGAAUGGAGAGCUGAACGGUGGUGUGGAGUCUGGCCCGAUCUCCCAGCCAGAGUAUGAGACACUGAUGGCCAAGUUUCACUUCGUGGACCUGGCUGGCUCCGAGAGGCUGAAACGCACAGGCGCUACAGGAGACAGAGCCCGCGAGGGAAUCUCUAUUAAUUGCGGACUUCUGGCUCUGGGAAAUGUGAUCAGUGCUUUAGGCGAUCAGACCAAGAAGGGCGGACACGUCCCAUACCGAGACUCCAAACUUACCCGACUGCUUCAGGACUCGCUGGGAGGGAACAGUCGUACGGUCAUGAUCGCCUGCGUCAGCCCGUCAGACCGGGACUUCAUGGAGACGCUGAACACGCUGAAGUACGCCAAUCGCGCCCGAAACAUCAAGAACAAGGUGAUGGUGAACCAAGACAAGACGAGCCAGCAGAUCAGCGCCCUGCGCGCCGAGAUAGCCCGACUUCAGAUGGAGCUGAUGGAGUACAAGGCGGGGAAGCGUGUAGCCUGUGAGGAAGGGUCAGAGGGCUACAGUGACCUGUACCAGGAGAACACCAUGUUGCAGAGAGAAAAUGACACCCUGCGUCUCAGGGUGAAAGCAAUGCAGGAGACCAUCGACCACCUCAACUCACGCGUAACGCAUCUGCUGGCCAAUGAGGUCAGCACUCUGCUCGCCAAGUCAAGCGAGGGCAACGAGGAGAUCGGGACUCUAAUACAGAACUAUAUCCGAGAGGUUGAAGAACUCAGAACCAAACUUCUCGAGAGCGAGUCCAUGAACGAGUCGUUACGGCGACAAGUGGGCCGGCUCUCCUCCCGUUCCCCGUUCCCCACCUCCACUCUCAGCCCCGCCCCCGGUCACCCCCCGGGUUCUUCGCCUGCUCCCAUGUCUAUGGAGGCGGAGAUGACGGACGUGCUACGCCGGGCCAAGCUGGAUAUCGAGAGACUGAAGAAGAAAGAGAGGAGGCAGAGGAGGAUGAGCCCAGAGUUGGAGAAAGGUCUGAAGAAACGAGUAAAGCUGCACACUCAGGAGAACGGCGAGAACGGGCAGGGCGGGGAGAACGGGCAGAACGGAGAGAUCGAUUCAGAUGAGAAUUACACCGAGGACAUCAUGUCUCCACUGCAGGAGGAGAGUGGCUGCGAUGACGAGGAGGGGGAGGACGAAGAGGAGGGUAGGGAGGAAGAGGAUGACUUUGACAGUGAUGAGAGCCUGGUGGAUUCGGACUCAGACUCGGAUGAGAAAGCCAACUUCCAGGCGGACCUGGCAGACCUGACCUGCGAGAUUGAGAUCAAGCAGAAGCUGAUAGAUGAGCUGGAGAACAGCCAGCGGAGGCUGCUGAUGCUAAAGCUGCAGUACGAGGAGAAGCUCAUCCUGCUGCAAAACAAGAUCAGAGACACGCAGCUGGAGAGAGACCGCGUGCUACAGAACCUCAUGACCAUGGAGAACUACACGGAGGAGAAGGCCAACCGGAUCAAGCAGGAGUACGAAAAACGCCUCAAGGAGAUGAAUCGCGACCUGCUUAAGCUACAGACGGCACAGAAGGAGCACGCACGCCUCCUCAAGAACCAGGGGAGGUACGAACGGGAGCUGAAGAAGCUCCAGGGCGAGGUCAACGAGAUGAAGAAGGCCAAGGUGGCGCUGAUGAAGCAGAUGAAGGAGGAGCAGCAGAGGAGGAGGAUGGUAGAGGCGAAGAGAAACCGUGAGAUAGCCCAGCUAAAGAAGGAGCAGCGCCGGCAAGAGUACCAGAUUCGUGCGCUGGAGUCUCAGAAGCGGCAGCAGGAGCUGGUGCUGCGCAGGAAGACUCAGGAGGUGACCGCCCUGCGGCGCCUGGCCAAACCAAUGUCAGAUCGAGUGGCUGGACGAGUGGCCCGCUGGAACCAGACUCCCCCGGUUACGGACUCUGGAGCUGAGUUAUCAGCGAGCACCACGGCGAGCAGCUCUGAGCCCGAGACUGCGAGGACCGUAAGCGGUCUGGUGCGGCAGUGGAACAACAAGAACAGCGUGUACGGAUAUCUGGGAGAGAGCGAAGGCAGCAUGGACGGAACACGCGUCAUCGGCAGUAGAAAGAAGUUGCCGCGUAAGCCAGCCGGCCUGGGCAACAGUGGAGCUGCAGGCAGAACCAGCAGCAUUUCAAAGUCUGCACGUCAGAAGUGGCAAGCUCUCGAGCGUCGAAUCACGGACAUCGUCAUGCAGAGAAUGACCAUCGCAAACAUGGAAGCCGACAUGGAUCGCCUUAUCAAGAAGCGAGAAGAGCUGACGGCCCAACAGGAAGCGCUCUCACAUAAGAGAGAGGUGCUGAUGGCGGACGGGGAGGGGCCAGAAGCUGAGGACCGCCUCCUUCAGGAAAUUAACGAGGAUAUUGAGGUGCUGAACGCCAAUAUAGACUACAUCAACGACAGCCUGUCUGACUGCCAGGCCACCAUUGUACAGAUAGAGGAGACCAAGGAUGAGCUGGACUCAGUGGACACCUCAGUGGUGAUCAGUUCAUGCUCCUUGUCUGAAGCACGCCACCUGCUGGAUCACUUCCUAAAGGCUUCCAUAGACAAGAGUUUGCAGGUGGCUCAGAAGGAGGCUCAAAUCAGACUGCUCGAAGGCCAGCUGAGACAGACAGAUGUGAUUGGCUCGUCCCACAAUCACAUGAUCCUCGAUGCCCUAAGAGAAAAGGCUGAGUGCAUCCCCGAGCUCCAGGCUCUCAUCCACAACGUACAGCAGGAGAAUGGUUAUGCGAGCACAGAUGAGGAGCCCUCUGAAUUCAGCCAAGCCUCCGACAGCAGCGUGUCUCAGAUGAAAGAAUCGAACAGCCAAGAUGACUUCAAAACAAAAUUACAGCAGAUGGAGCCCCGUCUCUCAGCUCAGAUGAAGGCGGUGUCAGCAGAGUACCUCGGUCCAAUCCUGGACCCCUCAUCCGGCAGCAAACCGCAAUACAUCACCAAGUCUCUGGCUUCACUGACGGACAUCCAGGAGGACGGCCUGAGUCUUGCUCCAGGGAGCCUUGGGCUCAGCCUGGCAUUAAGAGACACGUAUCACAGGGACCGGGUAUCCCGCACCAUCAGCUUGCCUGUGAGGGGUCACACCUUUCCCAGGCAGUCUCGGGGCUAUGACACUUCCCCCCUAACCAGAAGGAAAUCUUACGACCGUGCGUACAGGCCGACUGAUGGCUACACUCCCCCCUCCUCCCCUCCUCUGAGGACCAGGAACGACCGCAACGUCUUCUCGAGGCUCACCAGCAACCAAACCCAAGGUUCUGCUCUGGACAAGUCGGAUGACAGCGACUCCUCGCUCUCAGAGGUGCUCAGGGGUGUGAUCAGUCCCAUCGGAGGUGUGAAGGGGGGUCGAACUGCACCCCUGCAAUGUGUUUCUGUAGCCGAGGGCCACUCAAAGCCAGUGCUGUGUGUGGACGCUACAGAUGAGCUGCUCUUCACUGGAUCUAAAGAUCGCACCUGCAAGAUGUGGAACCUGGUGACAGGUCAGGAGAUCGUCACCCUCAAAGGCCACCCAAACAAUGUCGUGUCUGUCAAAUACUGCCCCUCCUCCUGUCUGGUGUUCUCUGUGUCCACCUCCUACAUCAAGGUGUGGGACAUCCGCGACGCGGCCAAGUGCGUCCGGACGCUCACCUCCUCAGGGCAGGUGGUUUCAGGUGAUGCGUGCGCCGGCACCACCACCCGCACAAUUACCUUUGCUCAGGGCGAGUGUCAGAUCAACCAGAUAGCUCUCAACCCGUCAGGAUCAGUGCUCUAUGCUGCUGCUGGAAACACUGUUCGCAUCUGGGACCUCAACAGGAUGCAAGCGAUGGGGAAGCUGACAGGCCACAUCGGCUCUGUCAUGUGUCUCACUGUGGGGCAGUCUCUGCUGGGCAAAGAUCAAGUAAUCACUGGCUCCAAAGAUCAUUAUGUCAAGGUGUUUGAUGUGGCAGAGGGAACUCUGGGAAACGUAGGUCCAGCUCAUAACUUUGAGCCUCCACAUUAUGACGGCAUCGAGUGUUUGGCUGUGCAGGGAGACGUGCUGUUCAGUGGAUCGAGAGACAACGGCAUCAAGAAAUGGGAACUGGAGCAACAGGAGCUCACACAGCAAAUCCCAAACGCCCACAAGGACUGGGUGUGUGCUCUUGCAUAUGUACCAGGAAGGCCCAUGCUGCUGAGCGGCUGCCGCGGCGGCAUGCUGAAAGUGUGGAACGUCGACAACUUCACUCCCAUUGGAGAGAUCAGAGGUCACGAGAGCCCCAUUAAUGCCAUAUGUACCAACUCAAGACAGAUCUUUACUGCUUCCAGCGACAAGACGGUGAAGAUCUGGCUGUCAAAGGUGUGGAGGAAGAGGUGAGAACCGGCGGGACGGCGGUUCCUUUGUCAGCCAUUUUUCCACAACUUGAGCCACUGAUCUGUGACCUGCUCGCUUCUACCACAGAAAUGUGACACUGAAAUCACAGUUUCCAAGGCGAUCGGAGUGUCUUUUUUUGUCCUUCUUUGUCACAAGGCAACACGACAAAGCCGAGGUGAAAUAUGUAGUCAAAAGAAAAAGUCUUUGCCUUUCAGAUUGUUUUUUACUGCCAAUUUGAAAGUGCCAUUCAAAUGUGGUGCUACUUGGAAAAGAUAAACAGCAUCGUGCCUGGCUGUGUGUGUGCAUCAGGCAAAAAGGGAUUCUCUCCUGACAUGAAAACUACUGCAACUUGGUGUCAAAUAAAUGAAAAAGUGUCCUUCUGUUCCUUCAAACAGUGAGCUGGACCUGCUCAGAGACAUGUGUAUUCAUGCAUCUGUUGUUUGAAAAUUAAGACACAGCCUGAAUUUAAAAAAAAAAAAAAACAAAACCCCAAGAGGGACGCUAAAGAACUGAGACCUGUGUUCAUCCAUUCGGGAGCGUUGUGGCUGUUAGGACGCUGAACACAAGUGGACAAUCAUACUGUGUGUUCACAGCAGUGGAUCAACAGACUAUCUUGGAAAUACCAUCACUUAGUCUUCUGCUUUUGACUGUGUUUUCUCCCUUUACGAUCAACUUCCUCUCACUAUCUUAGUGGAACUUUAUUGUUUUUCAUUUUUGUAAUAUCUUGUGUUAAUUUAUUAUUUUCCCUACCUCAGUUGUUUUGGACUUACAGUAUGAGGUGGGAGUGAACAUUUUUACGGGUCUCCGUGUACAAAAACACCUGGUGCUCCACAUAUUGAAGUCUUUUUUUCUUUAAUGCUCUGAGUAGCUCCUGGUCUCUGUGUGGAUUUGUCCUCUGUGGGCCUCGGGUUAUCAGACUGUCUGGCUGCUGACCUUGCAAAUAGGAAACACGUCCAGUAGCACAACCGAGGUAGCACUGGUCCUGGAGGACCCGAACAGACUUUAUUAUCUGCUCUGUGAAGUGCUAACUGCGGCAAAAAUAAGAAACACCCCUGCAGAUGCACACGACACAAACAGAAGACACUCCUCACACGUUCUUGAGUGCCGCAUCGAGGGCAGAGAGCCAGAUCAUUAUCCAAACCAACCUUCAGUGUGUGUGGCUCAUACCUGCCAUUUAUCCUCGACGCAAAGCAUAAUAGGAGCGCUACUCGUUUCCCCCGGCCUUUUUUCCUGCUCCACUCUGAUCUUUGAGGUUAGUAAGAGUGUCAGACUGACCAGCCUUACUGAGGAGUCCACCUCUUUCCCAGCUACUUCUCCAGGAAGCCAAUUUAAUUAGAGGUCUCGCAGCUCUCACCAGCUUUUCAGGCAAGAUUACUUGGGUGAAAGUAGGUCAUAACUGAGAGGGAUUUAUUAUUAACAUCCCAAUUUUCUUCCACCCACUAUUUGCUGCUAUACUUACAGACAGGAAUAAACUUCCUAUACCUGUGCACUGAUGUACAAAUCUGUUUAUGUGGCAGAUUAUGUGUGUGGGCAGCACAUACAUAUGCACAAACUGUGGACACACACAAAUAGACAAUUUCAGAGGAUGUUUCGGUUAUCCAUCUUGCCUGAUAGGUCCUGACGUCCCUCACUGUGUUGAUUUAGUGUCUCUUUAAUGAAACGGAUUCAGCACUGCCAUGUUCCACUGAGACAAACGUACACGUCCAUACAUGUCGACGGGUGACAGCGACUCUUUAAAGUCAUUUAAAAAUCUCCUUUGUUUUUUUUUGUCUGACACCUUAAAAUGGCAAGCAUUCACAUCUAUUAACUUUUCCUGUACUGCUCCAAAAUGACAAGAGCUUCUUUUAACACAUAGAUGUCUUACCGUUCAAUUACAAAAAAACAGCAACACACAAUUCACACUCUCUUAGUAUUACAGCUAAGCUUCGUUCAGUUAGGCAAUAUCACUCGGUUUGUUAAAAAAAUAAUAUAUUGGUGAUUUAGUGCACUUUUCCUUAUAAAAGACCCAGAGACAUACAGUAUGUAGUUGAGUUAAGUGAUGCUGGGAUCAUAAAACAGUGUUCACGUUCAAAAGCGUGCUGAGAGUAUGAAGUGCUUUCAGCAGGCUUUCUAUCAACUCUGCUCUGAUACGUGAGUAUGUUCUGCUGCUGUUUCAUGUGUCCAACAUGAGUUUGAAGCUGCUUACACUCCAAAAACAGUGACAUGCAGAAGUUUGAGCACCCCCUUUAAAAAUGUCUAUUAGUGCCAAUGGCUUGGCAAGUAAUGUUUGUAAAUUUUUAUUUUAGCGUUUUUUUUGCAAAAAAAGGUUUCCCCAGCCACUGACUUAAACAUAAGACCAAAGCUCGAUUUAUUGACUUAAGUAUUAAUUUUUUUCAUCCAACCAACUGAGCACUCAAAGCUUUUUCUACAAGUUUCAUUCAGAAAAUUCACUUUCUACCACUGACACAGAGUCACACUCCAGUGGCACAUUGUGGCUAACUUCAGUAUCUUGGCCAGGGUUUUCCCGGCACGUGGACUGAAGGAGUCAGGGAUCGAGCCACUGACUUUCUGAUUGGUAGACAGCCCACUUUACCACCUGAACUCUCCCCAGACGUCUUUAUACACUGUGACCGCAAACUUCUGUUGUGACUUCAUCGGUCCACCAGACUUCUCUUUAGGAUUUCUAGACCUCAACUUAACCAUCCAUCGUUCCUUUUAACCACCAUCUCUCAUUUAUGUUUACUAACUGACCGCCUCCUCAAAAACACUUUCCUAUCUUCUUAUAGCUGUUGCUGUGUGGGCAUCAAUUAUUUACAUUUUUAGAGUGCUAGGCAGCUGCUGAAGGAGGACAGUGACUGCUCUAGUGUUGGAGCAUGAGUAUUUGCAAAGCCUUUAAUAAUUUGCAUCAUCAUCAAGCCACGGCCCAAACGACAGAACUAAGGUCUGAGAUCUCAGAUCUCUUGGGAUGCUCAAACUUUUGCGUGCCACUUUAUCGGGGUUUUGGAGUUCUUUUUUUUAGGUGGGGAGGUUGUAAUGAAUGCAAACAUUUUUAUGGGGUCAGUAUGAUGAAGCAUUCUUGGGUGUUAUUUUUGCUAUGAUUAGAAACUCAGGUAAAGGUUGAAGGAUAAUAUUAGUCAUAACUUGACCCUGUGAAUUUAGCUAGCUUUUUGAAUCAAACAAAUGCCUUGUUUGACAGAUUUUUUUACUUUGAGAAAAAUGGUACUGUCAGUCUGUAAAAUAGCCAUUUUCAUGUUUUGAUUUUGCAUCUGAUUCCCUUUACUUGUUAUCUUUGUACUGUGCUUUUGUGUACAGAGCGUACACAGUUAAGAUAGCAUCUUCCCAAUUUGGCCAAAGAAGAAGAUGUGCACUGAAUUUUGACCAUAAAUAUGUACAAAAUAGGGUAUUUGUAUAGUAGUUUGAAUAUAAAACUGGACUGAGUGUUGAAAAAUGUGAUCAGUGGGGUAAUUAAACUCCCAAACUAACAAGUUGUAUACUUUGACUCCACCGUACACUAUGUAUUUAUCUGUGCCAAUUAGCCAAACUGACCCUGCUCACCAGGUUGGUGAUGUGUUUCACAUGGUAAUAAUGCUGAGAAAGGAUUUAGCUCAUUUUUCAAAACAUCUCCAUAUUUCUAUUUAAUGCUAGGAUCUUGUAGUUCUGUAGCUUUAGGCACUCUCUGUGGUGCCCUGUGCUUGUACAUUUUCUGAACGAUGCAGAUGGUGCUGAUCAGAAGUCCAGAAACACCUUUGGGGGGAAGGGGUAAUUUAAAUGAUGUACACCUGAAUCAAAAUCUCCUAAAUGUCUGAAUUUGGACUUGUUGACUGUUAAUGCGUCACGCAAAAGAUGCAAUACAAAAAUGAUGACUCUGCAUAAAAUCUACUCAGAGAGUUAUUAUAAACAUGCAGAAGCAAUAAACUAUCAUCUGACCUUGGAUCAGCCCAACCUUGAGUUGCCCCAAACUCUGAGACUUGUACUUCAGCAUCACUUCAUUACUUGACGAUGUGUAAAUAGUUGUGCCAAUUACUUUUAACGUAUUACAGAGGAGAUGCCAUUGAGAUUAAGUGUCGCUCCUUUCUCAUUGGCUGACUUCAGCUGAAUCUCUGAUAGCUAGAUUUAGUCAUACUUUGAAAAUGAACACAAGGCUGUUUUGCAGCUAUGUAAUUAAGCCAUGUUUUAGACUCAGUUUACAAAGAAAAGCUCCAGCCAUGAAAAACAUACUGAAAAGAGGACAUCCAUUUAGAUCUGUAGUAGGAGUAGAAAUGAGUAAUAAUAAUGUUUCUGCUGAUAUAUUAUGUAAGAUAAUAAUUCUGUCAUAAAAAAGACAGAUCCCUGUUGUCCAUUUUUUUUAUAAUCAUGGGAAGAAGAAGUUGUAGAUUUUUAUAGCUCCAGCUGAUAUGUUGCUUAAUCUGUAAAACCCAUUAAUCUGUAAUCAAUAGGAAUCUUCCUAAAGACUAAUUUUGCUAGUAAGUUAGAUGAGAUAAAAUAAUAACAUUGGCCAGACAUAUUUUGUGUGGAGCCAUAUGAAACCGUUAAUCAUGUUUAAUUGUUAUCAGUUAGUAUUUCAAAUUUACUUAUCUGUAUAGCACUUUCUGCCAUGUAUAAUGUUGCAAAAACAAAAAGUAUUUUGCAGUGGUGGCUAACCUUUGGCUAACCUUAGCAGGGCUAGCUACAGUAGCGUUGGGCUCUUCCUAGCGUCCACAUUCCAGUGCACAAUAUCGUUGCACAUCACGUCAGAUGCCUGGUUACUUUCCAGUUUAUCGUGACAAAGCUGACAUACAGUCUCUCUUAAUUUAGUUUUUUAAAAUUCUGCACAACAGCACUGGCUAGCAUGGUUAGCACCAGAUGCCACGGUGGCGCAGCAAGUUCUUUGAACCAGUUAUUGCCGUUGUACAUGAAGAAAAAAAGGACAAUACAUUUAACUGACUAGCACUGAUUAGCAAGAGCAGCAAUAUUUAAAUGUCUAGUCGACUAGUUGCACAUCUUGUUAAACAUUAAAUAUCCAAAAGCAGCACCCCCAGUGUUAGUUAAAAAAGCAAAGCUGCGAACAACAAAACAAGCGCUCACACAACCAUUUGCUGAGCCCCACUACAAGUUAGUGUUGGUACAUGUUCACAGUUUAUAUUGAUAGCUGUGGAAAUCCACAGCUAUAUAUAAGGACAUACUUGGACAGGCGUCACAGUGGUUUGAUUUAUUUUUAUCUAUUCUUGCAAGGUCAUUUUCUUUUGCUGCAGAAAAUGUAACAAAAACCCAGCGAGCAAAUCUGAUGCUCUUUAAAACAGGUUUCAGUGCUCAUUUCCCUCCAAACCAAAUAAAGAUGAGGGCAGAGCUGCUUUUGUUACUCUUUGCUCUCAUUGCUGUAGUUGUUCCAGUUCUGAACAGGUAUUUUUGUAAUGUAGCCCUACACAAUGUGAAAUUGUCAUUUGGUUUAGGAAAUAAUGCUAGGGUACUUCUGUAGGUGGUAAACUGCUUACUUGCUACUGUCAUUUACUUCUGUAAAGGAUAAAAUAGACAGUGCUACUAUUAUUAUCUCUUUACACAGGAUAUUGAUCACAGUAGAGGCCCGUUCACAAUAUUUUAGCAUGUUUACAAAUCCAAAUUCGCUUUUUCUUAUUACAUUUUUGAAACUAUGACUUGGUCUGUUGCUGUUUUGGUGGUGGGGCUUAGCAAAUGGUGAAUUGACUGAAUACAAAAUAUAAAUCUAUUAGUUUUCACAGGCAAGAAAAUUCAACAUAGGACUACAGAACAGAUUGGAGAGUCAAGCUGCCAGUCAGACCAAUCGUGUGAUUACCACCUUUAGCCCUUUGUUUCCAGCCCAGCCGUCUUAUGACUGUAUGGGGGGGAAAAAAACUCAAGUAGUCAGUCUCUCAGCAUUAGCCUCAUGCCUCAUCCAACAGGCCUUACUGCCUUAUCAAACAGAAGGUGCACGUAGGACAUUGAUAAUCAUUCGCCAAAUAUCCUGAAUCUCUGAUGACUGUAGAUUGUCCUACAGAUUGUGGAAUUCUGUUCUUAGUGAGUCACCGUCUCUGCUUGCUUUAUCAUUAUGGCUGAAAAAGACUUUCAACUUUGCCUCAGGCUGCUGAGAGGAUAGGAUCGUGUCUAGGCACAAUCAAGAGGGCACUUUACGGCUCUGCUGCUUGUCAGUGAAUCUCUAUCACACACCAACACACGUCUCCUCUGCAGCGGCUCGAGUGCUUUUUUUCUCCUGGUGUGUGUAGCAUGGUAACAAUAUGUGGCAGUGUCUGUGAAAAAUGUACUUGUGGGACAUUCAUGCAGGGUCAAAGGUCAUGUGUGCCUUUUAUUGCACAGACUACUCCCUCUUAAAUGACUGUAAAUAUCUGUACUUUUUUUUUAAUAUAUAUAUAUGAUAAUGUGCAUGCAACCAACCCAUGUAAAAUAGGUUUGAACUGUAAAUAAUGUAAAUAAAUAUUUAAAGAAGGAUCCAGUGUUUCCUCAAGACAAUAAAUCAGUUCA